GCGCGCGCGGGCGGCUCAAAUCCGGUUUCCCAGCCGCCGCUUCUCCGUCGCCACCGCCGAGCACCAGCACCAUGCUCUCCGUCCGGGCCCCGCUCGCCACCCUGGCCGACCAGCGGCAGCUGCAGCUGUCGCCGCUGAAGGGACUCAGCCUGGUGGACAAGGAGAACACGCCCCCGUCCCUCAGCGGGACCCGCGUGCUGGCCAGCAAGACGGCGCGCAGGAUCUUCCAGGAGCCCGCGGAGCCGAAGAGUAAGGGACUUGCUCCCAGCGUGGAGGAGGAACCGCUGCUGAGAGAGAACCCCCGGCGCUUCGUCGUCUUCCCUAUCGAAUACCACGACAUUUGGCAGAUGUAUAAGAAAGCCGAGGCGUCAUUUUGGACGGCCGAGGAGGUGGAUCUUUCCAAGGACAUUCAGCACUGGGAAGCCCUGAAGCCCGAGGAGAGAUACUUUAUAUCGCACGUUCUGGCUUUCUUUGCUGCCAGUGAUGGCAUAGUCAAUGAGAAUUUGGUGGAGCGGUUUAGCCAAGAAGUUCAAAUUACAGAAGCCCGCUGUUUCUAUGGCUUCCAGAUUGCCAUGGAAAACAUACAUUCCGAAAUGUACAGUCUCCUUAUUGACACUUACAUUAAAGAUUCCAAAGAAAGGGAGUUUCUCUUCAAUGCCAUUGAGACCAUGCCCUGUGUGAAGAAGAAGGCGGACUGGGCCUUGCGCUGGAUUGGAGACAAAGAGGCUACCUAUGGAGAGCGCGUGGUGGCCUUUGCCGCGGUGGAAGGCAUCUUCUUUUCUGGUUCUUUUGCAUCAAUCUUCUGGCUCAAGAAACGGGGACUCAUGCCUGGCCUCACCUUUUCCAACGAACUCAUUAGCAGAGACGAGGGCUUGCAUUGUGACUUCGCCUGCCUGAUGUUCAAGCACCUGGUGCACAAGCCAUUGGAGCAGAGGGUGAGGGAGAUCGUGGUCAAUGCUGUCAGGAUCGAGCAGGAGUUCCUCACGGAGGCCUUGCCCGUGAAACUCAUCGGGAUGAAUUGCACUUUAAUGAAGCAGUACAUUGAGUUUGUGGCUGACAGGCUCAUGCUGGAACUCGGCUUUGGCAAGGUUUUCCAAGUGGAAAAUCCAUUCGACUUCAUGGAGAAUAUUUCUCUGGAAGGGAAGACGAACUUCUUUGAGAAGAGAGUAGGCGAGUAUCAGAGGAUGGGAGUUAUGUCCAGCCCCACGGAGAAUUCUUUUACUUUGGAUGCUGACUUUUAAAUGAACUGGAGAAGUGCUCUUACUUUGCUGAUUUUUUUUCCCUUUUGUCAUUUAAAAAAAAAUCAGCUAAAGUAAAUCAACCAGCUACACCAUGUAUUGGCCACAGUGUUCAUUAGCAGCCCCUGUAAAACUGUGUAGCUACCUCAAAUCAGUUCUGUUCAUUAACGAUGCUAGCAGUGUGUCACCCAGGGAAAGGACUCUUAAGCCCAGCCACCUGGGUUCUUUGGAAGCUUGGGUCCUGCUUUGCAAGCAGCCGGCAGCCGCAGCAGCACCAUAGCACUACGACUGGGGACCCGCCAGCUGACGGCAGGAC